AUGUUACCUUCUACAGCAACAACAAUUAGAGUAACAAAUAUUUUAACACCAUAUAUUAUAAGAAUUUAUGAGCUGAAACAUUAUGAUGAAAAAUUAAAUCUUAUUAAUAAGCAAUUAUUAACAAAAAGAGGAACGUUUAAUAGUAUUAAAACACGUGCAGAACCAAAUAUUGGAGAUAUAGUUAUAGUACAUAAUAAAUCAGAUAUAGCAAUUGAUCUCCCUGGAUGGUUAUGUCGUGGAUAUAUUAGCGGUAUUGGAAAUUUAAAAAAUACUUAUAAUAUUCUUUUGAGAGAUUAUGGUAUUUCUAUUACACUACAAAGGGAAGAUUUUAUCAUUUGUGCAAUAGAUUUAAUUUUGGAAGAAGAUUUAAGUUUUACUGUUGGUUUAUAUAAUGUUUUACCUGUUGUAAUGAAGUAUGAUUCUUCUGUGCAUAAAGAGAUUCUGGAAAUUUCAAAAGAGUGGGACAUGUCAGCAAUUGAGUAUACAAGAGGAUUGAUAAGUUUGGCAGAUGCAAUUUAUUUUGAUUAUUUAGCAUCAGAUCAAUAUGGUAAACAUUAUGGUGAAUUUUAUUUUAAUAUCAAGGACAAUAUAAUACGUUUAAGUGAAGCCUUAAUUCUUAAUCAUUAUGCUAUAUAUUUAGAAGAAGGUAAUUUAAUGAAUAUUUAUGAAAAACAGACAAAAUUCCAAAAAGAAAAGAAUUUGCAUGAUGAGCUUCAAAGAGAUAAAGAAAAAGUAAUAACCUAUGGAGUAGAUAAGUAUGAAUGCCUGAAUUCUACUUUUGAUGCAAAAUUUCCAGCAGAAAUACAUAAGGCUUGGAAAUCAUUGGUACAGUCAUCUAAACCAAGGAAAAUACAAUCAUGUAUUUGGCCUGCUUUACAAAAUGGUUCAGAUAUAAUAGCAAUUGGAACAGCAAAAUGUGGUAAAACUAUUGGAUAUGGGUUUGCUGUUUGUGGACUUUUAGCUACAAAUCCAAAUCUUCCUCAGGGAAUAAAUCCAUCAGCAUUAAUAUUAUGUUCUUCAUCUUCUAAAGUGUUAGAAGUUAAUUCCUUGUGUACCGAGUUUUUACAAAGCUAUAAAACAAUAAGAUCUGUUGCUGCAGUUAAUGGUAAGACAGAAAGAUCACUAGUAGCUGAAAUGUUUAAUGGAUGUCAGAUUUUAGUUUCUACACCAAAUUUUUUGACCCGUUUUAUGAAUAUAAAUGGAAAAUUAUUGAAUUUUCAAAAUCUUCAGUAUUUAAUUUUGGAUGAUGGUGAUGUUAUCUUGGAUAAAUAUUUUAAUUCUGUAAGUAAACUAUUUAAAAAACAUAAAAUUAUUUGGAACAGAGAAAUGAAAAAUAAAGUGUUUCAAAUUAUAAUAACUGCAACACAUUGGACACCACAUCUAAGAAAAAUUGCCUCUGUUCUAAUGAACAACCCAUAUGUAUGCAUAGCAUCUUAUAUAGAAGCUGCAGUAUUUAGAUCUGUACAACCAAAGGUGUAUAUAAUAAACUCAAAGAAAAAAGAUGAAAAGAUUUUAGAUAUAUUAUGUGAUGAAUAUGCUAAAGUAAGAACUAUAAUAGUUUGUAUAAAUAAUGAGGAGGCUGAAAAAUUAUAUAACUUUUUAGUAAGAUAUAAAGAAAUUCUUUUAGCUCAUGAAAAUAUGAACUUCGUUCAUUUACAAGGUAUUAAACAGUAUUGGAAUGCUUAUGUAAAUGGUUCUUACCCAAUUUUCAUAUGUACAGAUGAUGUUUUAUCAGAUAUAAGUAUUACAAAUGCUAGUUGGUUAAUACAUUAUUCAGUUCCUUUACGCUCUAAAACUAAAUUCAGCUUUCGAUUUUCGACGCUAUUAGACAGUUUACAAAUGCUUAUAACAGCUGCUCUAGAUAGAGAAAAAAAAGAUUAUCCUAUUUGUGAUAACAUAAAAUCUUGGGGAUUUUGUAACAAAGAAGCUUCUUGUGCAUUUAGACAUAGGGUAAUUUCAGAAAUUGAUGUUCCAGUUAUGAAUAUUCAAAUAAACGAUAAAGUAAAACUCAGAGUAGUGAGUAUACAUGAUGUAACACAUUUUUCUGCCAGAAUUAUAUCAUAUAUUAAAUUUGAUACAUCAGAAGAAAUAGAAUUUUCUAGUACAGAAUACAUGCAAAUUACUAUAAAAAUUCAAGAAUUUUAUUCUGAUGCAAAAAACAGGAAAAGAUGUGACAUAAUAGACAUUGGAUGUGUAUGUGGCUUAGAAGAACCAAUAGAUACUUUUAAGAGAGUACAAAUUUUUCACAUUGAGAGAGAUGAGACAGGAUGUCCAAAGCUUGUAGAUGUAAAGUGCAUCGAUAAUGGAGUAAUCUUGAACAAAGUAAAUGUGUUCCAAUUGUUAUACAUGCCAGAAGAACUUAUAAAAUAUCCUACACAAGUAAUAGAAGUAUUUUUAACUGGCAUAGUUCCACAUGAUAAUGAGUAUAUGUGGAACAAUAAUGCAGUUGAUGCUGUAUAUCAGUGGUUUAAAGAAAAUGUUGAUGAAAGAUCGUAUGUGAUUGGAACGGUAAAUUUGCAUCUGGGAAAUACAAUAUGGGUAAAUACGUUGGAGGUUGGAACAAAAUUGCUCGAAUAUAAAGAUUUAAUUGGUUUAUCUCUAAAAACAGAAUUAAUAAAAAAAGAGCAUGCCAUUAAAGAUGAUAAACAUUUAAAUCAAAUGUAUCAACUUUGCAGAGAUGCUGGAUUUUCGAAAAUCAAUGGAUAUAAUAUAAGAGUUUAA